AUGUCCAUCCUCCGGGAUUUUUUCUUCGCGUGCUCGGAAGGUCCCGAGUGGCUGUUUACCACCAAAAAACACCCUCAUCCAAACUCUCACUCGCACGAACAUCAGCAUCAACGCGGUGCGCUCAUCACCAAAGCGAGAGUCAUCUGGUCUUUGUUGCAUUUAUUUUUACUCCACUUCCUUCUUUCUUUCGGGAAUAAAACGAACGCAAACGUGCCGUUCCCGAGCGCGAAAGAACAAACGCUCUUCUUAUCCGCGAUCGUAUUGAACGCGCUGGCUUAUUUUGUGGUGUCGUUUAGUUCGCCAGGGUUCGUGAUGCAGCCGAUUAUGGGGGCGUUUCCUUCGUCUUCUUUGUCUUCGUCGUCGUUGAUGAAGAUGUUUGCGAGGAGCAGCACAAGCACAAGCAGAGCUUUGAGCGAGAAGGAGAAGGCGAAGGAGGAGGACAAUUCAAUUCGGCUUUUCUCGCCAGAAAGAGACGAGGCAGAAGACGCGGAGGAUGAAGAAAACGGUGGUGGCAACGAUACGACGACCGUCAACCGAGAAUGCGUGCACUGCCAACCGCCGGUGUUCCAACCGAUCCGAGCGAAACAUUGCUUCGCGUGCAACCGGUGCGUGCGCAAGUUCGAUCAUCACUGUCACUGGAUUAGCAACUGCGUCGGGGAGAAGAAUCACGGGAAGUUUUUGGUGUUUUUGACGACGCAGUUUAUCGUCGUCGCGUGGGGAUUGUUGGCGUGUACGCGAACGUUCGAGUAUUAUAGCAGCAGCAGUAGUAGUAGUAGUAGUAGUAGUAGUAGUAGUAGUAGUAGUAGUAGUAGUAGAAGCCAUCGGAAACCUUCGAGUAUGGCGGAACUCGUCGCCAACAACGGAUGGAGCUGCUUCGCGACGCUCGUGUUCUUCAUCCUCACCGUCUUCGUCGGCGCGUUGUUCUUCACGCAUUGGUAUCUGAUCCUCUCCGCGCGAACGACGUACGAGUUACUCGCGCCGAGACGCAAGGUUUGGUACUUGCCGCAACGAGGAGGAGGAGGAGGAGGAGGAGGAGGAGGACGACACCAACAAAAUCAUCAUCGAGAGUUUACGAGGAGCCCGUUUACAUACGGAACUGGAUGUCACGGCGCUUUCAUGAACUUGAAACGAACCGUGUGCAUCGAUAGCACCUUACCGAACGAUAUCGGCGUGAAAUGGGUCGUUCCGACCGAGAGAGCGUUAGCGGAAAGGGAAGCGGAGGAGACGUGUUUAGAAAAUUCCACGUACAGCUGUUGUUAA